AUGACUCGGCUCCUCCGCACCACUGCCGUCGCCGCAACCCUCCCGUUGCUCCCUGCGGUCGUCAACGCUUGGGGCACGCUGGGACACGAGACGGUUGCGUUCAUUGCGCAGAACUUCGUGUCGGCUGACACGGCGACCUGGGCGCAGGGCAUCCUCGACAGCACCUCGUCCAGCUACCUGGCUUCCGUCGCCACGUGGGCGGACAGCUACAGGUACACGACAGAGGGCACGUUUUCGGCCGGUUAUCACUACAUCGAUGCCAAUGACAAUCCGCCCGACAGCUGCGGGGUCGAAUUGGAGAGGGACUGCCCGGAUUCUGGUUGUAUUGUUAGCGCCAUUGCCAACUAUACCUCGCGUGUCCAGUCCUCUAGCAUCUCUAGCACGGAGAAGCAGAAGGCGCUGAAGUGGGUUAUCCACUUCCUCGGCGACAUCCACCAGCCGCUGCACGACGAGGCGCUCGAGGUCGGCGGUAAUGGAAUCGACGUGACGUACGAUGGCGAGAGCACCAACCUGCAUCACAUUUGGGACACCAACAUGCCUGAGCAGCUCGUUGGCGGCUAUGCCUUGGCUGACGCCAAGUCCUGGGCCACGACGCUGACAACAGCCAUCAAGUCGGGCGAGUACAAGAGCCAGGCCGCCGGCUGGCUCGAUGGCAUGGACGUGGACGACGCCGAGGCCAGCGCGCUGGUCUGGGCUCAGGAUACGAACAAAUAUGUUUGCUCCGUCGUCCUGCCAGACGGUGUGAGCGCCGUCGAGAGCGGAGAUCUGAGCGGCACUUACUACGAUGACUCGAUCGACACGAUUAAACUGCAGGUUGCGAAGGCUGGCUACCGCCUCGCUGCUUGGCUCGAUCUGAUCGCUACUGGCGAGACUGGCCUUGCGAAGUUGAAGAGGGAUGUGUCGGUGAAGCGCGAGGCCUACGUGUUUCCUCCGGAGGGAUGGGCGCGUAGGGACAAUAGCGCUGAGCGCCAGAAGCACAAGAGGCAUGCUAUUGGCUGCACUUGUUAA